GAAUCAUACGGCGCGUCUUCCCUGAGCAGACCUUCUUUUGUCGUAAAACUGAAGCCUUGGAAACAGAAGCUCAUAAUGGUCCAGAUAUUGGGAACAUAAUUACUCUACCCUUUUCAUCUUCCUCUUCAUCAUCAUCAUUAUAUUCUUUUCAUUUUCUUGAAUUUUCAAACUCAAAAAACGGAUAUUUGUAGGAGUGGAAUGUGAAAGUAGUAAUAGAAAAAGAGUAAAGGAUCAAGAACAACAGUCGACUACACUAUCAUUAAGCAGACCCGGGUUUUGUUUUUAGCAAUGGAAGCCGAGAGUUCAAAAGAAAACACAGCAAACCCCAACCAACUUGGCUUCCUUCCCACUUUGUUUUCAUGGUCUCUUGAUGACAUUUACAGUGAACAACUUCUCCAGGUGGAGAAGAUUCCUGAAUCAUUUGAUUCAGUUAAACAGUAUCUUGGUUCAUAUGUACUUCCUCUAUUGGAAGAAACCCGGGCCCAAAUGGUUUCAAACAUGGACACUAUUUCCACAGCACCAUUUGCUGAAGUGGUGUCCUUCUCACAGGCCAAGUCUCAUGAGAAGUUGGAGUAUGAUGUUAGUGUUGAUCAAUGGAAAAACAGGUUCAGCGCCCGUGCAAAGGAGCCUUACAAAACCUUAUCUGGAGAUUUAGUUAUCAUAGCCGAUGCUAAGCCGGAAAAUGUCUCCGAUUUGAGCAGGAUAGAAAAACAAUGGUCCUUUGCGUUGGUAACCAAUAUCAGAAAAGAUGAUGAUGAGGAUGAUUUUAGUUCAUCUACAAAUUUUAGGCUCAAGUCGUCAAAAGAAGUCAAAGAUAGUGAUCGGAUGCAUAACUCGCUGUAUGUGAUUUUCUUGAUCAAUGUAAUUACUUCCAGAAGGAUAUGGAAUGCAUUGCACAUGAAUAGAAGGCUAAAUCUCAUUGAGGGAGUUUUAUCAGCUGAUUCCCUGGUCAAGGAAAAUUGUGACCUUUGUCCUAUAAAGAGAGUAGGAAUCUGCAAUGAAAAUCUUGGCAUGAACAUAGCAUCAACUUUGAAUAAAUCUCAAACUGAGGCUUUAUUUGCCUGCCUUCGUAAAGUGCAGUGCUACCAUAAGUCUUCGGUAGAAUUGAUUUGGGGUCCACCAGGGACAGGAAAGACUAAAACUGUUAGCUCUUUACUCUUUGCCCUUUUAAAAAUGAAAUAUAGGACCCUGACUUGUGCACCAACCAACAUUGCAAUUAAGGAAGUGGCUAACCGCGUCCUAAAGCUGGUGACAGAAUCUCAUCCAACAGGAUCAGGAACCGAUGCUUCGUUUUACUCUGUGGGAGAUAUUCUUUUGUUUGGGAAUAAGGAACGGCUAAAUGUGAGUUCGGAAAUUGAAGAAAUAUACUUGGAUUGUCGUGUGAAAAGGCUUAUGGAAUGCUUUGCGCCAAUGAGUGGUUGGCAGAAUUGUAUGAAUUCGACAAUAGAUUUCUUUGAAGAUUGUGUUUCUCACUACCAUAUUUUCAUUGACAAUGAAAUGAUAAAGAAAAAGGAAGACAAUCAUGAAAGUGAAAAAAAAUCAUUUCUUGAAUCUGCAAGAGAAAGGUUCAAGGCCACUGUGUUACCUUUGAUUUUCAUUGACAAUGAAAUGAUAAAGAAAAAGGAAGACAAUCAUGAAAGUGAAAAUAAAUCAUUUCUUGAAUUUGCAAGAGAAAGGUUCAAGGGCACUGUGUUACCUUUGAUUAGAUGUCUCCUUACUUUACAUAUUCAUAUACCUGAAAAUAUCCUUCAGGAGGAUACUGUAAACAAAAUUAAGUCUCUUGUUUCGUUGCUUGAAACUUUUAGCACCUUACUGUUUCAAGAUGAUAUCAUCUCUGAUGAAUUAAAGGAGAUUUUUGCACAUUCAGAUUUAGUUGACAAAUCUUCUCAAGGUUUUGCAGAAACAUUGUUAUUGUUGAGUUUGUGCAAAAGCGAAUGCCUUUCCUUAUUGAAAACAAUUCGCAGUUCUCUUCAAAAACUUGAAUUUCCAAGUGCACUGAACUCAGGUUCAAUAGUUCGAUUCUGUUUCCAGGCAGCUUCAUUAUUUUUUUGCACCGCUUCUAGUUCAUAUAAGUUGCUUUCAUUGGAAAUUGAUCCGCUGGACUUCCUGGUAAUUGAUGAAGCAGCUCAGCUAAAAGAGUGUGAAUCAGCAAUACCUCUUCAAAUUCCUGGUAUUAGGCAUGCCAUUCUUAUUGGUGAUGAAUGCCAACUACCAGCUAUGGUAGAAAGCAACGUUUCUGCUGAAGCUGGUUUUGGAAGGAGUUUAUUUGAAAGGCUGAGCUGUCUAGGUCAUCCAAAACACCUUCUAGAUAUGCAGUACAGAAUGCAUCCUUGUAUCAGCCGCUUUCCAAACUCCAAUUUCUAUUCUAAUCGGAUCUUAGAUGCUCCAAAUGUUAAACGUAGAAGUUAUGAGAAACAUCUUCUUCCAGGGCCUAUGUUUGGUCCCUACUCAUUUAUUAAUGUGUUUGAUGGUAGAGAAGAGUUUGAUGAUGCCGGACGUAGCCGAAGAAAUAUUGCUGAAGUUGCUAUUGUGUUAAAACUAGUGCGAAGACUCUACAAAGCAUGGAGUGGAUCAAAUGAGAAACUCACUGUGGGUGUAAUAUCACCAUAUGCUGCACAAGUGAUUGCUAUUCAAGAUAAACUUGGUAAGAGGUAUGAAGAUAAUUCUGGUUUUUCGUUGAAAGUGAGGUCAGUUGAUGGUUUCCAGGGUGGGGAGGAAGAUGUCAUUAUAAUAUCCACUGUGAGAGCAAAUCGUGGUGGAGCAAUUGGUUUCCUGUCCAAUCUACAGAGAAUUAAUGUUGCUCUAACAAGAGCAAGGUACUGUCUUUGGAUUCUGGGGAAUGAAAGAACCCUAAUUAAUAGUGAUUCUACUUGGACGAAGUUAAUCAUUGAUGCUAAGCAGCGCCAAUGCUUCUUUAAUGCUGAUGAUGAUAAGGAAUUGGCAAAAACUAUUUUAGAAGUGAAAAAAGAGUUUGAUCAACUUGAUGAUUUGCUCAAUGGAGACAGCACGUUUUUCAAAAGUGCUAGGUGGAAGGUUCUUUUUAGUGAAAAUUUUAGAAAAUCUUUUGGAAAGCUGCCUUCGGUCAGGAUGAAGACUUCUGUUCUGAACCUUCUACUUAGACUAUCUUCUGGCUGGCGUCCCAGAAAAUGGAAUGUGGAUUUGUUUUGUGACAAUUUUCAUCUCUUGAAGCAAUACAAGGUUGAAGGAUUGUAUAUAAUUUGUUCAGUUGAUAUAGUGAAGGACAAGAUGUACAAACAAGUUCUAAAGGUUUGGGAUAUUUUGUCAUUAGAAAAUAUUCCAAAAUUGGUCAAACGCCUUGAUGGCAUUUUUGAAAGAUGUACAGAAGAUUUUGUCAGCCGGUGCAAUGAGAAAUGCUUAGAAGGGGAUUUGGAAGUUCCUAUGUCUUGGCCAAUCUCUGUUGAUGUUGUCCGGUAUAAAAGUCUUGGAAACAGUGAAGUGGACGACAAUCUGAAAUCUGAUGAUAAAUGCUAUGUGGAGAACUCUAAAGUGAGUGAUAGCUUGUUGCUAAUGAAGUUCUACUCGUUAUCCUCUGGCAUUGUAAACCACUUGCUUUCUGAUCGUGAUGGUCGAGAACUAGAGCUCCCGUUUGAAGUAACAGAUGAGGAACUAGAGAUAAUUUUGUGUCAAAGAAGCACUUUUAUAUUGGGACGAUCAGGCACGGGAAAGACGACAGUUUUAACCAUGAAACUGUUUAAGCGAGAACAACUCUACCAUAUGGCUUGUAAAGGAGAUUAUGAAGAUUGCGGAAGCACUUCCAAGGAUGCAUUCUGGAAAAAAAAUACGGAUAAUGGUCAAGAAAACGUUGAAAACAGUCUUGGUGACGUUAAGAAGGCUGCUUUGCGCCAGAUUUUUGUUACUGUUAGUCCUAAACUUUGUUAUGCUGUGAAACAUCAAGUUUCUCAAUUGAAAAGCUUCGCAUCUGGUGAAACAAAUUCUGCUGGGUGCUGUUCAGUGGAUAUGGAAGAUAUUGACGAUAAAGCGCUAUUCAAGGAUAUGCCGGAUUCUUUAAUAGAUAUUCCUUCAAAGUCAUAUCCUCUUGUUAUAACUUUCUGUACAUUUUUAAUGAUGCUUGAUGGAACAAUUGGUAAUUCAUACUUUGAAAGAUUUCCGGAUGCAAGACAUAUAUUGCAUGACAAAAUAGUAAAUUCAGGGUCAUCUAUUGCUAUGCAAGCUUUUAUAAGAACAAGGGAGGUCAACUACGAUAAAUUUUGUUCAAUGUACUGGCCUCAUUUUAAUACCAAGUUGACCAAAAAGCUUGACAGUUCAAGAAUGUUUACGGAGAUCAUGUCUCAAAUAAAAGGUGGCUUGCGAGCAGGGGAGUCUGCGGAUGGUAGACUUUGCCGGGAGGACUAUGUUCUACUGUCUGAUGGUAGGAGAUCCAGUUUAAGUAGGCAGCAGAGAGAAGCAAUAUACGAUAGCUAUGAAGAGUAUGAAAAGAUGAAGAUGGCAAAUGGUGAUUUUGAUAUGGCUGAUAUUGUCUUAGAUCUGCAUCAGCGGCUUAAAGCUGAAAAAUAUACAGGUGACAUGAUGGACUUUGUCUAUAUUGAUGAAGUCCAAGAUCUUACCAUGAAGCAGGUUGCUCUUUUCAAGUAUAUCAGCAAAAAUGUUAGUGAAGGCUUUGUAUUUUGUGGGGACACUGCGCAGACUAUUGCAAGGGGUAUUGAUUUUAGAUUUGAAGAUGUAAAAUCUCUUUUCUACAAUGAAUUUAUUCUAGGAUCAAGAAGUGAAGGCAGUGAGAUGGUGAAAGAGAGAGGUCAAAUAUCUAAAACUUAUCAUUUGAGCCAGAAUUUCCGCACUCAUGCUGGUGUUCUCAAGUUAGCUCAAAGUGUCAUUGAUCUCCUUUAUCGUUAUUUCCCUUAUUUCGUUGAUAUUUUAGGUCAUGAAACUAGUCUUAUAUUUGGGGAAGCCCCAAUACUGCUGGAAUCUGGUAAUGAUGAGAAUGCCAUCAUAACAAUUUUUGGGAACAAUGGGACAACAGGAGGACGUUUUGUUGGUUUUGGGGCAGAGCAGGUCAUCCUUGUAAGAGAUGAUUCUGCUAGGAAAGAAAUCUGUAAAUAUGUCGGAAAGCAAGCCCUUGUUUUGACUAUACUGGAGUGCAAAGGCCUAGAAUUUCAGGAUGUGCUGUUAUACAACUUUUUUGGUUCUUCGCCUAUGAGAAAUAAAUGGAGAGUGCUGUAUGAAUACAUGGAUGAGCAACAUUUGCUUGAUGCAAGUUCUCCACAGUCAGUUCAAAAUUUUAACCCCGCAAAACACAAUAUUUUGUGCUCUGAGUUGAAGCAACUAUAUGUUGCUAUCACCCGAACAAGGCAGAGAUUGUGGAUUACUGAGAAUACAGAAGAUUUCUCCAAACCAGUGUUUGACUACUGGAGGAAGAAAGGCCUUGUCCAAGUCAGAAAGUUGGAUGAUUCACUUGCUUCAGCCAUGCAAGUUGCCAGCAGUGCAGAACAGUGGAAAUCACGGGGCUAUAAGCUUUUACGAGAGGGAAAUUUCGAGAUGGCAACAAUGUGCUUUGAAAGAGCAGGAGAUGAAUACGGAGAAAAAUUAGCCAAGGCUUCUGGGCUGAAAGCAGCUGCUGACAAAAUGCAUGCUUCAAAUCGUGAAUCUGCUUCUAUUGCCCGCAGGCAGGCUGCUGAAAUAUUUGAAUCCAUUGGAAAAGCUGACUAUGCUGCAGAAUGUUUUUUCAUCUUAAAGGAGUAUGAAAGAGCAGGAAAAAUCUUUAUGCAAUGUGGAGAAUCUGCAGCAGAAAGAGCUGGGGAUUGUUUCUGUCUCGCUGGAUGUCAUAAGUUGGCAGCUGAAGUAUUUGCUAAUGGCAAUCAUUUCUCAAAGUGCUUGUCUGCCUGUAGAGAAGGAAAACUCUUUGAUACAGGCUUACAGUAUAUUCACUACUGGAAACAGCAUAUGACAGCAGAUACUUGCAUGGUUAAAAAAAGCAGAGGAAUUGAUGAAAUUGAACAAGAGUUUUUGCAGAGCUGUGCACUUCACUAUUAUGAGCUCAAUGAAAAAAGAUCUAUGAUGAGAUAUGUUAAAUCUUUUGAUUCCAUAGAUUCUAUUCGCACUUUCUUGAGAAGUUUAGCAUGCCUUGAUGAGCUUCUGUCAUAUGAAGAAGAGUUGGGGAACUUUCUGGAGGCAGCAAAUAUAGCAAAUAAGAAAGGUGACAUUUUACUUGAAGCUAAUAUGUUAGGGAAGGCUCAAAAUUUUAAGGAUGCCUCGUUGCUUAUUCUUUGGUAUGUUUUUGCUACCUCCCUCUGGUCAUCUGGGAAUAAAGGUUGGCCAUUUAAGCCCUGCGCUGAAAAGGAGAAACUUCUAAAGAAAGCAAAGUCCUUUGCAGGAAAUGUCUCAGAACAAUUUUAUGAGCUUAUCUGCGUCGAGGCAGGUAUCUUACUGAAUGAUCAUAGUAGCUUGUCCUUGAUGAAACAACUUCUGAAUGCUUCUCAGGGCCAUAAGAGUACCAGAGGUGAAAUAUUAUCUGGUCGAAUGAUUCUGGACUCUCAUCUGGGUCUAAAUACUGCAAAAUAUAGUUGGGAUAAUGACAUAGUUAUUGAUAUUGCAAAAUUUUCAGAAGCUAAAAUCUCAAGAGAUAAAGUUUCGUCUGAGACCCUGUUUUACUUCUGGAAAUUCUGGAAGGAUGAGAUUGUGAAAGUAUUUGAAUCUCUAGGACAACUUAAAAAACAAGAUAAUAAUGAAUGCAGAAAUUAUGUAGAAUUCUGCAUGAAUUACUUGGGCGUGCGCAGGCAGUUUAAUAAUCUGAAUGCCAUAUAUCUUCUGAUGAUCCCCGAUGCACAUUGGGUGAAAGAGCUGAAAAGUAGAUAUGUGCAAAGCAGUGGGAAGUUGAGUUCUGUAGAUGUUCACCAGUUUGUGUCUGCCGCUCAAAGCUAUUGGUGUUUGGAACUAGUUUCCGUCAGUAUGGAUGUGUUAAACAAGCUUGAAGAUCUUUACAAUCACAGUAUGAAGAAUUCAUUGUCCCUGUUUUGCCAAAGCCGGCUUCUUACCCAUAUCUAUACAGCUGCAAAAUUUCUAUUGGGUUUCAAGUUUUUUGAACCUAGAUACCAUGAAAAGAAGGAACUGGAGAAAUUUGUUAGGCUGUCCACAGGACAGUUGUUUGGCUGUAUACAUCCUCUGAGCUGGAGAGAAUCAUUGAAUGACAACAUGGUAUCUCUGAGGAGAACAGAGUCCUUUAGGAAUUUAAUCAGGGAAAAUACCUCUGAAACUGACAAUUCGAGGGGUAAGCUGUCCUAUGGUCAGCUUGGAAGGAUAUCAGUGGCAAUUCUUGGGUCUGGUAAAAUGUGUGAUGAGUUGAUGUAUAAGAAGAUUGCAGAUGGUUCAAAAUGGAAUCAAUCAUGGAUGGCUUUAAUUGCGAAUCUAUGCGGCAAUGUGGGAUCAACAGUCUUACCAUACAGUAACAAUGAAGCAGCAAAUGAGGUUUGUCUCAAGUGGAAGUUAUUUGGUGCCUUAAAGGACACUUAUAAUGUUAACUGGGACAGAGAUCAUGACUACAUCUCACCUGGAUGUUUCCUGUACCUUGUCGAGCGCCAGUUGAUUUUGUUGUCUUGCUUCCAAGGCUAUUUUAUCUCUACCAAAUCUUCCUUUACUGAAUGGCUUAUCUACCUGGAUGGCGAUACAAUUAAACCGCCCAAUGGAGUGUUUUGUUCUCCGGAAUCAGUAAACGACAUCCUGGGCUUUUUAAAUGACAUUGUUCGGCAGUUUCUUUACAAUGAAAAAGACACAAUGGCCUGGAUUAGAAAGUCUGAGGCAAAUGCGAUGGAAUACCAUGCGGGUGUGACAUCGAGACUGGUUGUUAUAGCAUGCUUGCUGUGCUUAAACUUUGGUGUAUGUAGGGACUUGCUUAUCGACAUGCUCAAUAGAAACUACAUCACUGACCAACUGCCGAGAGAAUUAUGUGAUGCGCUCCGGAGAAGGAUGAAACGGAUUAGGUCUUUGAACAUAAACUUAGAGAUAAAAUUGCUUGCUGAAGCAUUUAAGAAAAUUGGAAAUCCAAUGGUAAUUGUGAUUUCUGAUAAGAAUUGUUUGCGAUCAUGUGCUGAUGUCAUUUAUCUGGAUAUGAUGAGCCAAAGCAAAGAAGCCAUGUUAGAAGUCUUGUUUCCAAUUAACAAUAAAGUUCCUGAACAUGAAGAAACUGAUGAAUUGUUCGCCACUGGCUCAUUCGAGAGAGUAGUGUCUCCACCGGAUGAAUUUGACCAAAUGAAUGGAUCAAGUCUUAAUGAAGACAGCCUAAACCAAGUUAUGGAAUUACUCGAGUCUUCAAAAUCAAUGAAUCAUAAAGAUGUGGCAAAUUAUCCAACAAUUAAGGCAAACCUUGAUGAGAUGACUCACAUUCUAAGUCAAAGGCAGGAAGCUGAUCCUAUACUUGAUGAAAUGAAACUACUGUCUGCUUCACUUGAAAUGAGCGAGUUGGAUGCGGAGAAUGUCAUCUCAAGAAUCGAAGAAGUUAUAAUAAAGAACUUUGUGAAUCGUAUAUCAUCAGAGCAAGAUGAAAAGCUUGGAAUGGAAGAGUCUGAAACUGGCAAAUGCGAAGAGGAUGAAGAUAGCAAGUCCAUUGCGUCGCAAGCUAAUGUUGCUUCUGCGAACCAAGGCAGAAAUUGUAUAGCAGGAAACAAAGGGAAGGGAAAUAAUAGCAAGUCCAAGAAGAAAAAAAAGAGAAAAGGAGGCCGAAAAAACAAGUAGCUCGACGAACUUAUUAUAUAUAGUGCAUAUUAGAAGUUAGAAAGACUGAAAACAUCUCCAUUGAGUAGCCCCAAGAGGGGAUUUUAGUUGCAAGUCAUUUUCUAAUCUGUUUUGAGAAACAAAUCCAAUUCUUAAACUGUUGGUAAAUGAUGUUUCAAUCCAUCCCCAUUAAUAGAGAUAUUUUGAUCA